AUGCAUAAUCGGUCUACAUUGCAGAAUGGCUUAUGGUUUGGAGCGCCGGUUGCUUUAUUCGCGGGAAUUCUAUCACAGUUCCACAUACCUAUGCCAGCAUGGCUAGCUUCUAUGAGCCCACCAUCAUCUACAAUCAUCAAGACGACAAACCCAGUAGAAAUGUACGAUGUUGUACACAUUUGUCAUUGUAACGAGCGCGCUAUUGAAUGGCAAGACGUUUUUGACUUUCUGAGGCGUAAAUUAACGCAACCCGAUCUGGAAUGGAUGAGUUUGGCUGUUAACUUGCUUCUGACACUAAAUUUGUUGUUGAUAGUACUUCGAAAAAUAGCAAGUAAUAGGAGAGCCAAGGUAACGGCGAGCUCUGCUGCUGGGAGUUCAAGUAGAGAAGUUCAAGUUCUUCAGUAUAGUCCGAGGGAAAGGGCCUUGCUCCAAUUUCAAAAGCUGAAAUUGAUGCCUCUGAAUUUCAAAUGUGACCGUGAAGAUGUGUGGGACUUUGAAGGGGACGAUCUCAUAAAUUGGGAACGGGAAUAUGUGCCGGGAGAAAUGAGUGAACAAAGUACAGACACACUACGGAGUGCCAUUCCGACAGUUUCGCCGCCUACUCAAGUAGCUUCUGUGUUGAAUGUAACUCUCACGCCACAAAGAGUACCAGCUACUGCACCACAACCUCAUAUUGUACCAACUGAAGGCCCAAUUGGGCAGAGCGAUACACCAUCGCUCCGUACGCCAAAACUUAAAAUACGCGCUACUACGAUUUCCAGCAGCCCCACACAGCUUAAAUCGUCCAGUCCUGUCCUCAAAAGUGUGCCAACAACCGCUGAGCUAUUAGAGAAUAUCUGCCAGCCUCCAACACAAUCUUCCUCGCGCACUUCGUCUCAUGCAUCUUCGGUUGAAUCCAACGCCAGAAGCACACUACGAACUCCUGAAAAUUUCAUACCAUCGUACCACCAACCAUCUCCUGCCAAGUCCACCAUUGUAAGGACCGAGGUGACGCAAGAACAGGUUUACUCUCAGCCAUUCUUGUACUAG